AAUUGUGGAAUCAGCAAAAAAACAAAAACGAAAAAAACAGAGGAAUCGGAGAGAAAAGAUCUCUGCGAAAUCGGAGAGGAGCUCAACGCUUCUUGGAUUUGGAGAGGAAGGAGGUCGAGAAGAGUGCCCUAAUUCUUGUGAAUUUUUCAAUUCAGGUAGGUGAAAAGGUUUCAACUUGAAGUGAGUUAGUAUGCUUCUGAUGGGCGAAUCCUUGUAGAGUUUAAAAGAUGCGAAGGUUCUUUUCAUUCAGAUCAUCUGCAGCCAACAAUGGUUGUACAAAUGUGGUUCCCCCGACUUCCAACCACAAGAAGAAGGAUGCAAAGACUACAGCAGGAGAAACGCUUUACGGGGGCUCUCGAACUCCUGAGGAGUCAAGCUUCAAAUCACGAAAAAGGUAUCCGAAGAGUGAGGAGUCGUCGAGCCCACAUCUCCGUAGGAGCCUUUCGUUCUCUUCUCCGGCUGCUUACGGUGGUUUCGAAGUAGGUGAACAGAACUGUAUGGGUGAUCUCAGUGAAUCCUCAGAAACUUGUCGCAGAGAAACUCAUCAUUUUGGAGAAUGCCCUGUCCACUGCCAUUCAUCGACCCCAGAAAGGCAUGCGGGAAAGAGAGGGAACAAUCUCACCGAGGUCCGGAAGUCCUUAGAAGCUCAUGAAUUUGAUUCUCCUUGCUCGAGAGGUUACCUAUGUUCAUCUGGAAACUCCUCUUACAGCUCUCCUAUAGCACUAAGAUGCGGCCCCAUUCAUAAAUCCAAUUUCUCUAACAACAAUGAAGUGCUUGACCUCUACAUUGACGGAGAGCAGGAUGUGAUCAACAAACCAAGUGAGACUCGUGGGAAUUUCUCUAGAGCAGUAAAUGAUGGUACUCUAUCAGGAAAGCCUCCAGUUUCCAUUUUGGGAAAGCCGCCACGAGCUCAGUCCACAGCACCAUCUUCACCAACUUCCACUAAAGACAGCCUUAGGACCUAUUCAUUCAGAGAUGAUGUCAGGAUUGCCUUCGCUGCCAAAAAUUUGAGAAGGAAUAACGAGAGACAGUCACAUUUAUUCACUGGAAAAUUGAUUAAGUUACGAGAUCAUGAAUCAGAAACCACCACCACCAUUGAAGAUAUAUACGAGGAUACAUCUGAGGAGUUGCACGGACCUCGAGGGCAAACUUGCUAUUUGGAAAAUGGUUCUUUGAGCCUUAGGCCAGAGAAGUCAUCUGAUUCUUCACCGGAGGAACAAGAUACGGAUGAGAAGUUACUUAGAAAAGCUAAAGAGAUGGAAGAGAGGUUCACGCGAGAAAAUUCUGAGAUUGAAUUACUUAGGAAUAAGGGUUUAAGCUUGACGGAAUUGCUUCAAAUGAUUCAGGAUAUGAAUGAGGAUAGGAAGUACCUUGCGCUGGAGCUAUCCUCACAGAUUAGGUCCCGUCUAGCUGAGAGAUUCUCUGCUAAAGAGCAGUAUAAACAAUCGAAGGUGGAAUUGGAUACGAGAACAAGGAGGCUUGAGAAGGAGAAGAGUGAAGUGCAGUUGACUUUGGAGAAGGAGUUGGACAGAAGGUCAAAUGACUGGUCACAGAAGCUUGUGAAAUUCCAGACUGAAGAACAGAGGCUGAGGGAGAGGGUAAGAGAACUCGCAGAGCAAAACGUUGCACUUCAAAGAGAAGUUUCUUCACUUCAAGCAAAUGAAGCUGCAGCACAUAGUAGGUUAAUGAACUCGGAAACUCAAUGUAAAGAACUCACAGCUACAGCAGAGGAAGUGCAAAAAAANAAAUUGGCCCU